AUGUUUAAAUUAUCAGAACCCUUGAAUACAGAUAAUACUGAAUCAUUUGAAAAUCGACCUAAAAAAAUAUAUAAAGUUGAACAAUCAGUGUAUAAUUCUGUAACUGAAAAUGCGAAUGAAAUUGACAAAAUUUCUAGCCAAGAAUCCUAUGAUUUAGCAUCUCAUUUGCUUCAUGAAUCUCAAGAACAGCCUGAAAAAUUAAAUGAGUUAUGCUUAAAUGAGGAUAAUAGACAGAUUUCUCUUGAUCAAUCAUUAAAAGCUCCAAGUGACAAGUCAGCAGGGGAGGUCAAGUGUGAUGUAGUUAUGUUAGUAGAUGGAAAUGAAAACAGAUGUGAUAAAGUUUUUAGCAUUACAACUUUAACUACACAUCUUGAAGAACAUCUUAAUGCGACCUGGUGGAACUCUACCUAUUUUAUUUUAAAAAGGCUAGUUCAAUUACGAGAUACUGUAGAACAACUCGCAAAAUCUUUAAGCCAUUAUUCAGAACAACAACAAAGAAAAGAUGGGCAAAAUUUAAGUGAGAAAUUGUUAUCAAAAUCUGAAUGGAAUGAGUUGGAUGAAUUAAUAUUACUUUUAUCGCCCUUUGCACAGUCAACCAAGUUAAUUAGAGGUUCACAAUACCCAACUCUCGGUAUGAUGCUCCUUACUAUUUCCCUUUUAUCUUCACAUUUGCAUUGUAUAAAAAUAUCCCUUACUUCAUCCAAAAUUUUAAACGUUUGCCAACUAAUCGAGGACUCUAUAUCUGCUUGCUAUGAUUUACCUUUAACUGAAGCUUAUGUUGCCUUCUAUUUAGAUCCCUGA